GGUGGGCCUGCCUGAGGGGCUGACGCCACCAUUCCAGGAGCCUCGGUGGUAGGGAGAGGACAUCUGAGCAGCAGCUUCCCCACACGGACUCCUGCUCCAUGGCCGCCCGCGUCCUCCUCCUGGGCAUCCUCCUCCUGCUGCUGCCCCCGCCAGCCCCCGCCCCCUGCCACACGGCCGCACGCUCGGAGUGCAAGCGCAACCGCAAGUUCGUGCCCGGUUCGUGGCUGGCCGGGGAGGGUGUGGAUGUGACCAGCCUCCGCCGCUCUGGCUCCUUCCCAGUGGACACACGUAGGUUCCUGCGGCCCGAUGGCACCUGCACCCUCUGUGAAAACGCCCGAGAGCCAGGCGCACUCCAGCGCCUGCCCCUGGCAGUCACCAACUGGCAUGCCCAGGGCUCUGGCUGCCAGCGCCGCGUGGCCAAAGCCAAAGCCACCUCCACUGAAGCCGUGGCUCGGGAGGCAGCCAGCAGCAUCCGCAACGACUGGAAGAUCGGGCUGGACGUGACUCCGCACCCCAGCAGCAGCGUGCACGUGUCUGUGGCCGGCUCACACUCCCAGGCAGCCAACUUCGCGGCGCAGAAGACCCACCAGGACCAGUACAGCUUCAGCACUGACUCGGUGGAGUGUCGUUUCUACAGUUUCCACCUGGUGCACACGCCCCCACUCCACCCCGAUUUCAAGAGGGCCCUCAGGGACCUGCCCCCCCACUUCAACGCCUCCACCGAGCCCAGCUACCUCAGGCUCAUCUCCAACUACGGCACCCACUUCAUCCGGGCCGUGGAGCUGGGCGGCCGCAUCUCAGCCAUCACCGCCCUGCGCACCUGCGAGCUGGCCCUGGAAGGGCUCACGGCCAACGAGGUGGAGGACUGCCUGAACGUCGAGGCCCAGGUCAGCAUAGGCAGCCACGCCAGCUCCUCGGCUGAAUCCAAAGCCUGUGAGGAGAAGAAGAAGAAGCACAAGAUGACGGCCUCCUUCCACCAGGCCUACCGGGAACGCCACUCCGAAGUGGUCGGCGGCCACCACGCCUCCCUGCACGACCUGCUGUUCGGGAACCAGGCUGGGCCCCAGCAGUUCUCAGCCUGGGUGGCCUCGCUGGCCGGCAGCCCCGGCCUGGUGGACUACAGCCUGGAGCCUCUGCAUUUGCUCCUGGAGAGCCGCGACCCGCGGCGGGAGGCGCUGAGGCAGGCCGUGAGCAAGUACCUGACGGACAGGGCACGCUGGAGGGACUGCAGCCGGCCGUGCCCCCCAGGGCAGCAGAAGAACCCCCACAACCCGUGCCAGUGCGUGUGCCACAGCUCGGUGGCCACCACCCGGGACUGCUGUUCACGGCAGAGGGGCCUGGCCCGGCUGGAGGUGACUGUCAUCCGAGCAUGGAAUCUGUGGGGAGACUGGUUCACUGCUACCGACGCCUAUGUAAAGGUCUUCUUUGGCGGCCGGGAGCAGAGGACGGGCACCGUGUGGAACAAUAACAACCCCAGUUGGACAACAAGGCUGGACUUUGGGGACGUGCUUCUGGCCACAGGGGGACCCCUGAGGGUGCAGGUCUGGGAUGCGGACAAUGGCUGGAACGAUGACCUCCUUGGUACCUGUGACGAAACCCCAAAAUCGGGUUCACACACGGUGAAAUGCAACCUGAACCACGGUCAGCUGCAAUUCCACUACCAAGCCAAGUGCUUGCCCCAUCUGGCAGGGGGAACCUGCCUGGAGUACGCCCCACAAGGGCUUCUGGGAGAGCCUCCGGGAAACCGGAGUGGGGCCGUGUGGUGAGAACGGUGAGCUUUGAGGAGCCCUGUAUGCUUGGACUGAACAGGUUCUCCCAGUGGGAGCCAGGUGUGUCUUCCUAUUCCCAUUAAACAGA